CAGUUCCGUGCAACUUUCAAGUGAGUUGCAAACUCCGCCCCGAGGACGGUGCAGGUGUCCUGGCGCACUGGGGCCGUGGGUACCCGCACGAACGCAGGCUGCGACCAGCCACCUCUGGCUCGGGACCCACAGCGCCCCCGGCAAGGGCCGAACGCCUGGUUCUCCGGGGCAGGAAGUGCGGAUCGGAGCGUAACUGCCCGAGCGGCGGGGCGGAAGAGCGUGCCGGCCGGUACCGGCUCCCAACUCAGUUCCUGCCUGCCCCGGCCCGCUGGUCUCCCCAUUCUUCAGGCUUCCAGCACUGAGGAGUCAGUGGGCGGUGGGCUCCGCCUCCACUAAGGGGCAGCCCGAGCACCCCUGUGGUUUCCACACCUCCACUGUUGAUCCCAUCCCAGCGCAGGCGUGAGCGUCCCUCUGGGCGUCUUCCUGGAGGGAUCUCCCUUCGCUCCCGAGACUGCAGGAUGGUGUCCUGGAUGAUCUGUCGCCUGGUGGUGCUGGUGUUUGGGAUGCUGUACCCAACUUAUGCUUCCUACAAGGCUGUGAAGACCAAGAACAUUCGUGAAUAUGUCCGGUGGAUGAUGUACUGGAUCGUCUUUGCACUCUUCAUGGCAGUGGAGACCUUCACAGAUGUCUUUAUUUCCUGGUUCCCUUUCUACUACGAGAUCAAGAUGGCCUUUGUGCUGUGGCUGCUUUCGCCCUAUACCAAGGGGGCCAGCCUGCUUUACCGCAAGUUCGUCCACCCAUCCUUGUCUCGCCAUGAGAAGGAGAUCGACACCUACAUCGUGCAGGCCAAGGAGCGCAGCUACGAGACGGUGCUCAGCUUUGGGAAGCGGGGCCUCAACAUUGCUGCCUCGGCUGCUGUGCAGGCAGCCACCAAGAGUCAGGGCGCACUGGCCGGAAGGCUGCGGAGCUUCUCCAUGCAGGACCUGCGCACCAUCUCCGAUGCCCCCGCCCCCACCUACCAGGAUCCCCUCUACCUGGAGGACCAGGUACCCCACCGCAGGCCACCCAUCGGGUACCGGUCAGGGGGCCUGCAGGACAGUGACACCGAGGAUGAGUGUUGGUCAGACACAGAAGUGGUCCCCCAGCCAUCAGCGCGGCCCCGAGAGAAGCCUCUGGGCCGUACCCAGAGUCUGCGUGUGGUCAAGAGGAAGCCGCUGGUGCGGGAGGUCGGUGGGCACCACGCGCUCCCUGAAGGUUCGGACGAGGAAAAAGACCACGCCUUCAGACAUGGACAGCUAGGGUCUACGGAGCCUGGCCCAGUCUUACCUCGUGCCCUGCAGGGCAUUGGGACUGUUUGGAGGGGACCUCUGGCUGCACAUCUGGCCUGCCUGCACCAGCUGCCCGGGUGCUGCCCUCCUGACUCUUGCUGUCGGUUACGGGCCAUAUGUGGGGCUGCACCCACGAUGCACCAAAGCAGGCCGGGCUCAGGGUUUUAUUUAUUGUCCUUCUCGCCGCUCUACCUUCCCAGGUGUGGAACCAGAGCCCUCCCCAGACUCCUGAAAAACGAAACCCAAAGCCCACCCAGCUGUGUUCGUUCCUUCCUGUCCUUCCGAGUACUUCACAGCCUUCUCCAAGGCCAAGUGUGUGUCCUGGUUGUUUGGUCUGUGUUGGUGAAUGAGGCCAGGUUUGCGGAAGUUUUGAUAAAUAAAUGCGUCAAAGUGCCCCGUCUCUUCUGGUUUGUAGCCCCGGUCCUCACAGCACGUGUUAUUAAACAGCCUGCCCCAGGGCAGUCUGGGCCUGGUGCUAAAAGGCCAGACAGACUGCCAGAGGGGCCCAGUGUUCCGGGGCAGGUAGCCAUCGACAGAUUGUUGCGAUGCGGCAAGUACUAUUAUGGGAAGCUCUUGGGGACCUCUGAGAACACGGAUGGGAGAGUGGCGGGGAGGGGGGCGCGGGGGGGCAGUCCAGAGUCUAAGAAUGCAGUCCGGAGGGGAUGGGAUCAGGCCUCGACGGGAAGUAGAAACCAGUGGGAGCGAAGGUGUGGAGGGACCUCAGGCAGCACAAUAAUCUCAUGGGGAUUAGCUAAAACUGCGGAAGAUGAGGGCUGGGGAGGCCGAUUUCCUCCAAGGGCCUGCCAGGCCUCUAGGCAGCUCCUGGUGCAUCGAGUUCGUAAACACUUAGGUUGACAGGAGCUUUGCACC